ACACUAUCGCCAAACAAUCAUCGUGUCGCUGGUUCAAACCAGGACGGUCAUGAUACCCCACAAUGGCCUCACUGGUUGUCAUUAUAGCCCAACUUACAGUGCUCACUCUCGUUAGUCGGAUAGUUUACUUAUGCUACUUCCAUCCUCUGGCACCCUACCCAGGCCCAUUUUGGGCCCGCUUCACGAACCUCUGGCGGUUCUUCACGUUCAUGAGCGGCCAACUCCAUCUUGCGGAACAGCAACUUCAUCAGAAAUAUGGCCCUGUUGUUCGAGUUGCCCCGAACUGGCUCUCUUUCUCGAGUUUGGAAGGCUUUGAAGCUAUCUAUGGAUUCAACAAGUCCGUCGAAAAGGGUGAUUUCUAUUCAUUUGGACGAAGUCCCAGCCAGCGUGAGGCGAGUAUUUUCUCAACAAAGUCGGAUAAUAUUCACCGCCAGAAAAAAAGGAAGGUCUUAGGACCGGCUCUCUCGAGUUCAAAGGUAGGAAGGUAUGAGCCUGUUAUUGAAGAACAUGUAGCCGUCCUAUUGGCGCGACUGGAGGCGUCCCGACACCCGACAGGAGAAGGAAUUUCAACUGCAAAUGUGGCUCCAUUGGUAACUCGGUUCACCUUGGACACAAUGCUGGAAAUUCUGUUUGGCUCGGCUAUAGCAUCAAACCCAUAUACUGAUAGUGCUGCCGCCGGUGCCAUAUGCUCGCAGCUUCGCAAGAUAACCAAGACAGCAUGGAGUUACUCUCUUUGGCCAAUGUACGGGUGGGUUAUGAAUAGCUGGAUCAUCAAUUCCUUGCCUCGCAGCCUUUUCUACAAUAAAGAUGGUGCACAGACUGGAAUGGCUGGGCUCGCGGCUGCCGUUCACAGGGCAAUCAUGCGGGAUCCUCAACAUGUCAUUCGUUCUCCAAAGCCUGGAAUUGUGAAAAGCUGGCUCGAAGUCCCCGUUGACGAUGUAAAUCGUAUGAGACAAUCUGAGGUUUUAGCUGAAGCUAUGAAUAUGGUCUUCGCAGGCCCCGGGAGCAUGGCGGCCGCUCUCACGGCUAUAGUAUACCAUCUGGGAUCGGAAGAAGGACAGGUCUGGCAGGAUAAAAUUCGCAGGAAGGCAGCAGUCUCUAGUCAGAGUAUAACGACUACCACAAUCCCCAUCGAAUUGCAGGCUGUGAUGAAAGAGACGAUGCGUUUCCAAGGAGUCUUUCCAACGGCAUUUCCUCGCGUGAUCAUGUCGGGUGCUGAAGGAGUCAUUCCCAGCCUGUUAACACCGCUACCGGUCGGUACUACAGUGUCUGCGAAUACCUAUGUCCUGAGUCGGUCGCGCGAGAUCUGGGGUGACGACGUCGAUGAGUGGAGGCCAGAGCGAUGGACUGGAGGUGCUGAACACAGGCGGCAGAUGGAAACAAAGUUUGUAGCCUUUAGCAAGGGUCCGCGAGGCUGCGUUGGGAAGGACCUGGCACUGAUCAUAAUGGCUAAAGCGAUGAUGGGACUCAUUCUACAAUGGCAGAUCAGAAGCGUGGGCAGUCUGCGAGGAAAGAGCUGGCUGGAAAUGCAGUAUGACGACUGUUGGCUGGAGCUCAGACGAUUAUCCACAGCGCCGUGAAUGGCGGCCGACGAUGACUCGGUCGGCGCGUCGGGAUCCCUUUUUGGAACGUCGGGGUCCCUUUUUGGAACCGACAAUGAUCCCAUUAUGGCAUUCUACCGGACUGAGCUCUCUACUGGCCAUUUCAAUCCGUUACAAUCGCC